CAAUAGUCGUUCGAUAAGUCGCAUUGUUUUAAACUUUAAAAAAUGAAUUUUCAAAAAAGUGCUUUUCUUGCUAUUUUCUUUCUUUCAUGCUUCAUUGGAUUAUCCUUGUGUUGUGAUGGGUACAAGAUCAAAUUGAACAGCAUCAAAAACUGUGGAGGAGCCAAACAAGUAGUGAAAGUCUCCGAAAAUACCACUUUGAAGCUCACGAAGGAGUGUGACGUUAUUCCAAGUAACGCCUGUGUCAAGUCCGAAGGCUUUAAAACGGCUCAAGCCACUUAUCGCAUUUCGAAAAAUGGGAUUCCCGUGAUGAAUGGCAAGGCAGAUUUGUGUGGCGAAAUGGCAAAAUCGGGAGAUGACGUAAAAGGCAUGUUGGAGAUGUUUGGAUUGCCAACGGCUUGUCCCAUUGAGAAGACCGACCUUUGCAGCUCUUCUGGCCAAAAAGUCAACAUUAAGAAAAACAAGCAAUUUUUGUCGAUGGCAAUGGGCAAAAUUUCAAUUCAUACUGACGUUGUUCAUGACACUGGAAAAUCGUGCUUCGAAGCUGAAAUAACUGUCAAAAAAUAAACGGAAGUGACAGAUUUUACCAAAGAUAACUUUAUGAAGUCAAUAAAAUUCAAGCAAAAAACUAUCGUUCAUGGUAAUAACGUGUAUAUUUUUCAGAA